AUGCAAGAGAACAUGUACUCUCACCAACCCCAGCCCGCCAUAGAGUCUGACGAUGUUCGGAGGGCGCCCGGCGGCUUUCCACCUUAUGUCUUGCCAGGAGAGUCUCCAAGUUCUCUUGCUCCGCCGAACUUCGACGGUCUUUUUUCUCCAAUACAGAACAUGAGUGCUCUUCAGAGAGAAAGUGAUCAGACAUUUGAUACAUAUACUUAUGUCUCGCCAGGAGAGUCUCCAAGUUCUCUUGCUCCGCCGAACUUCGACAGUCUUCUUCCUCCACUACAGAACAUGAGUGCUCUUCAGAGAGAAACUGAUCAGACAUUUGAUACAUAUACUUAUCCGAGUUGGGCUGCAGCGGGCACGCCGUCGACGAGGGAUGGAUGGGGAACACGUACCAUGUAUCCGCAUCAGAUCUUGGGCAUUCCCACUAUUUCUGCACAGAUGUAUCGACAAGGUAACGUUGAAGUUCAAGAAAGAAACAACUUGCCCAACCAUGAGGUGGCCUGGAACUGGUUUCAAGAAAACGAGAGCAUGAUUCUUGAAGAUAUGAGAACUGUAUGGGGAGAAGAGCAUGUCGAAACUGAAUGGGGAAGAGAGAAUGUCAAUAGAGUCGGAGGGUUGUCGGAGAAACUCAUCUUGAAGUAUCUGAAGACGAGAGAUUGUUGUACGGUUAACAAUGACGGGAACCUUAAAAUCUGCGUCGUGUGUCAGGAUGAUCUGUGCCAAGAAAACAGUACGGUCGGAGAGCUGGAUUGUGGGCAUGAAUAUCAUGCUGCCUGCAUCAGACAGUGGCUGCAGCAGAAGAACAUUUGCCCUCUCUGUAAAGCCAUUGCAUUGCAUUGUUUGUAG